AUGUCGACUGCCGAUGCGACUCGGCAGGCCGUUGGGUCAGAGACGCAGCAAGACCAGCCGCCACCCCGGGCUUUACUGCCUGCGGAACUCCAAAGCCGAACGAGAACGUCAACGUCGGGUCCCGUUUGCGAUGUCCCUCAGCCUACCACCACCACCACCACCACCACCACGCCUGCGCCAUGGAGUGCUCACAAUACCUUGCAUUACCUUCCCAGAAACCAGCCAUUCCCUUCAUUACACAUACAUACCGACCUUCCUCCGGCCGACCGCCGCCCUGUAACUCCGCUGAACGACAAUGACACGCCGCUACGCCAGAGCCUUUCGUCAACCAGCCUUCCCCGGCGAACUGCUAGUUAUACAGUGAGGGGCAAUACAAUGUCCAGUGCAGAUUCACUUUCUCCCUCGUCAAUGCGGUCGUCAGCCAUUUCCUCGCCUGCAUUGGCUGCCAUGGCAGAUAUUACCCCCCUGCCGUCGCCGAUCGGCUAUCUGAGCCCCGCCUCAUGGCGCUCUGGCGGACGGACAGUCUCGUCGCAUUCUCUCUCACGAACAUCGUCGUCACUUUCGCGCAGCGGCUCAUUUUUGAAUCUACGUCUGAGCGAUUCGAAUCAAUUCCUCCGAACCGCUUCGUCCAGGUCUCGGUCGAGGAGAUACAGCAGUACUCGAUUGACCGGUAGUGAUGUGCGGGAAAGCGAGCUGGUGGAUGGACAGGACGACACACGCGGCCAUUCACGCAACCGCAGUCUGAGCGAGCAUAUCCCGAAGAAGGAAGUCACGUCUUUUCCAAGGCCAGAUCUCUUAACGCGCACCAAUCGUUCGUCGGAACUCUCCUCGGCAUCUGGAGUGUCGACAUCUGACCCGAAUAGCUUACAUCGUGAGCAGUAUCUCGCGGUCCAACGAGGCUUGACGCACUCCGCAGCCCGGCCGCCAACCCCGCCUCGCUCAGCUCGCAGCGGCGAUGAAGAUAUAGACUCAAAGCCAAUCAUCCAGAACGAGCCCGACAGUGGCUCUCAGAAUGAGACCUACUUUGUGCGAUCAAUCCGUACCCAGCAGCCGAGGAAAUACAGAAAGCUUCGCCAAUUAGGCCAUGGCACAUUCAGCCAAGUCAGUCUGGCGGUGAGAAUACCGGAAGAUGCCUCUGGGAAGGAUGGGCAUUUUCGGAUGCCCAGCCUGAUGUCGCAAAAGCUGGUCGCCGUCAAGAUUAUCGAGUACGGACCGGCUGGUGGAGCAGACGAGGAGCGUGUCGAGGUUUCCCUUAAGCGGGAGGUCGAAAUCCUGAAGUUGGUCAAUCAUCCCUCCUUGGUUCAAUUGAAAGCUUUUGGAAGCGACGAUAAACGCGCACUACUGGUUUUGGAUUACUGCCCGGGUGGAGAUCUGUUUGAGUUUGCAACGUCAGAGAUGAAGUCCCUAAUGACUCCGCCCCUGAUCAGAAGGAUGUUUGCUGAGUUAGUCGGGGCGGUGCGCUACUUGCAUGCUAACUUUAUAGUCCACCGCGACAUCAAGCUCGAGAAUGUUUUAGUCAACUUGCCCCCUUCAGCCAUGGAACAGAUAUCUGAUUGGCGCACAUAUGACCGUGCGGUAAUCACUGUAAGUGACUUGGGCCUAUCUCGAAGAAUCCCAGAGCCACCAGAGAGUCCCUUGCUCCAUACACGCUGCGGCAGUGAGGAUUAUGCAGCGCCAGAGAUUCUCAUGGGCCAGCCUUAUGAUGGGCGCUCGACAGAUGCAUGGGCACUUGGUGUUCUGCUGUAUGCUAUGAUGGAGAACCGACUACCCUUUGACGCCCUGCCAGGCACAAGAGGCGAUCCAGCCAAACUGCGUGCUCGCACUCCACAUCGGAUAGCACGGUGUGAAUGGUCAUGGUAUCGGUAUACUGAUGAAGAGGAAGAAUGGGAUCCAGUCAAGGGCAAAGGGCUAGAGGGAGCUCGUGAGUGUGUUGAAGGAUUGCUGAAGCGUCAUUCACGCCGAAAGAGCUUAGAUGAGAUUUCACAGCUUGCCUAUGUCAAAGAAGCCCUUGAUUUGGAUGGUGAAUUGAAAAGAGGAGAUAAAGAAGUGCCAUGA